GCCUUUGGGUGUUGCUCAAAGCGCCGCCUGUAGAUGGCGCCACACCGACGGAGGAGCAGCGUUAAUGCCGCGGAGCUACUGACACGAAGAAGCAGAGGCAUCCGGGAUGCUGGGACCUCAUACAGGCAUUGUUUGAACGUCCUCAGAGGUGUUCUCCUCCAGGAAAACAGGAAUUUCCGAAAAGUUUGGAGCAAGACUUCAAAAUCUACAAUAACUUAUGAGUGUGGAAAAAUCUACUUUGACAAUUAUCAGAAUUGCUACAGCUGCGUUCAUGCUGAACCUCAAAGUUUGUACAAACUGUCAAAGAGGUCCAAACAGGAAAAGUUUAAAGAUGCUUUGCUAUGCCAGAGCCCACUCGAUAGAACAUUACCCUCUGCCUCCGAUCACACUCCGAGCCUCCUCGCUCUAACAGCUAAUAACUGGCUGUAUCGCAUCUCCGCUCACACAGGAAAAGAGCUCCAGAGAGUUUAUCUUUCUCCAAGUUUUCAGUUCAGAUAUCUUGGUUGGGAUGUUUCUCAAGAAACAUUUUACAUUAAAUCUGUUCAAAAGAAAGAAACACCUUUAGAAAGACAGGCAGGAAUCUCUCAGAGUACAGUCAUGCACUUGGCUGUUUUCCAUGUGUUCCCUUUGCAAAUUGUUGGAAUUCUGGAGAUCAAUAAAAAAGUGUUUGGAAGUGGUGUAACUGAUGUCGUUCUGUCUCAAGGCGUCCUCGCCGUUUCUCACAGCAACAAGUCAGUGAAGCUGUACAGCUUUGAGCACAUUAUCCAAAAGUAUUUAACAGAGAAACUGACUCUUGGAAAACAGAGCGUGCUCCUUGAAGGUAAAACUGUGGGAGAUGCUCCAUUUGGCAUCCCAGUAAAUAUCCAAAUCCGAGAUUGUCCUCCUGUGUUAUUCGAGGUGUCUUGUUCCAACAAUGGCGUCCAGAUCGGAGGCUUUCCCUGGCACUAUAUUUACACACCUCCACACAAAACUCACAGGGGGACUCAUCACAUCUGCUCACUGCAAGACCACACGAUGGCAACAAAUGGAAUCCAAAACAUGAACUGCUGCGCUCUUGAGAGUGACGGGAUCUUUUUCCAUCCAGAUGAUUCCGGAAGGAUCAUCCAUGUUGGGCCUACCACUAUAAAAGUCCUCAAAAUCCUGGGUGAGAUAAACUCUUCUUUGCCAUCAAAGGUAGUUGAGGAUUUCUCCAUGGCAACUCAUCGAAACACCCCGACCUCUGAAGUGACGGUCACCUCAUCAGGCCGCACGGUGAAGAGAAGGUUUCAUCAGCUAGAUGAUGACCCAGGUCAAGAGGCUUUCCGCAUGGUGGAGUACGAGGACGAGCUUGACCUUCUGGCAGUAGUGAUGACCGACGGCGUGGAGGAAGAAGGAAGAGCUCAUGUCCGACUGCAUGACAACCAAACGGGGCGUUUACUGAGAAACAUAGAUCUGGUGGAGUCUUGGGAUGAGACUUAUCAACACCAGCUGUUCUUUGACAAAGACACAAUUGUUCACAUUGAACAGAAGAACAGCAAUUUCUGCUGCCAUGUUUACAAACUCAGGAGCAUCUCAAGUAAAGGAGGCUGACUGAA